AUGAAUAUUGCCAUCAAUUACGACACAAAAACCAGAAAAUUGCAGCUACCUGCCCAGGCAGCUGCGCUUGUGCCCCAGCUCAACUUGGAAAUUGAACAGUUGAACGUGUUGACCGGGGAAAUCAUAGCCAGUGGCUCGGAAGUCCCUCUCCCAGCAACACUCGAGACCUUCAACAAGGACUUAUCGAAAAUGAUCAAGAAGUUGUAUGAAGGUGGUGUACAAGCAUUCCAAGCAGGUAAAUACUCGGAGGCAGUGAAACAGUUGUCCAUUGGUAUCGAGAUGAUCAGCAGAAGACAUAAGUUCGAAUCGUUCCAGGGAACGUUGCAAGAACUCAGCUUGUUCCUCAUGAGUCGGGCCGACUCUUACUUGAAAACCAAAGACUACUUGAAGGCAUUCAAUGACGCAGACAUGUUGAUUGGCAUGAUGAUGUGCACCCCAGACAACUUCUUGAGAAGAGGUGUUUCCAACUACUUUUUGGGCAACUACGAGGAUGCCAGGGCUGACUACCAGAGAGGCUUGUCGUUUGACGAGGACAACGCUAGAUUGCAAACGGAGUUGGAGAUCUGCUUGGACAAGAUCUUGGAGGAAAACGGGGACUACCUUUAG